AGCCUCGAGGAAAGCGGAAGCUCGCGCUCGCUGCUGACUGACAGUAGAGCGACAGAGAUAGCGCUGCUAGCCAGUUAGCACACACAGCUCCGGUUGAGCCGCUGCACCCACGUUAAGGUUCAUUUCUUCCUUCCUACAGUGAAAAUGAAAGUAAGGAGACAAAGCCAGCUUUUAUGGGCGCCGCUGAAACGCCGCUGAAGACCGGCAGACGGAGAGACAUUGUUCUGUUGCGGAGUACGUACGUACGUAUCGCCCACCCCUCCUCUUUGACUCAUCCAUCACAACCCUACGCCAUUGGUUCUGCCUGUGCAGCCAGAGCCUGGACGCAGGUGGCGCAGUGACCAUGACAACAGGCGGAUGCUGCCACCUGCCCGGCUCCCUGUGUGACUGCACCGGCACGGCGGGUCUGUGGAAGACGGUCGAGGAAACGGCUGGCGAAGGAUGCCAGGCGCUCUAUGUCACUCAGGUGACGGCCCUGGAUGGACGGCUGCUGUCCUCGGUGCUCAAACCCAUGAGCGUUCAAAGCGAUGGUCCCAUCUGCCGUAUCUGCCACGAAGGAGGCAGCAGCGAGGGUCUCCUGUCGCCGUGCGACUGCACGGGCACGCUGGGCACGGUGCAUAAGAGCUGCCUGGAGAAGUGGCUGUCAUCUUCCAACACCAACUACUGUGAGCUGUGUCACACAGAGUUCAGCAUCGAGAGGCGACCCCGGCCUCUCACAGAGGUAACAAAGUGGCUGCAUGACCCCGGCCCUCGCAACGAAAAGAGGACGCUGUUCUGCGACAUGGUGUGCUUCCUUUUCAUCACGCCUCUAGCGGCCAUUUCUGGCUGGCUGUGCCUGCGGGGAGCUCAGGACCAUCUCCACAUGGGGAGCUGGCUGCAGGCCGUGGGGCUCAUCGCGCUCACCAUUGCCCUCUUCACCAUCUACGUCCUCUGGACUCUGGUAUCUUUCCGCUACCACUGUCAGCUUUACUCCGAGUGGAGAAGAACAAAUCAGAAAGUACGUCUCCUCAUUCCCGAAGCGAAGGAGUCUAACUCUUCCCAGCAUUCCUUGCUCUCUAACAAACUGAAGAAGUCUGCCAGUGAGAGUAUGGUAUGAGAGCAGAUGCAGACAUGUGGGAUUCAUGGCUGGACUUCAGACGCACUUCUAGGCUCUUUGUUUAUUUUCCUUUUGUUUAGCCUGCUGCCAUGUUGCUUCUCACAAUCUGCAGAAAGAACCACGGUUUCAUUGAGUACUUUAUGUUUCUCAUCUUGGAUUUGGAGGUUUGAUGAAGAUUAUGCAAAAAAGACAAGAUGGAGACGGCAUGGGUCGUUAAAAACUUCUUCUGCCUCCUCAGCAUGGAUGAUGGGAGGAGCUCCAGCCACAGUUACCAGGGCUGAGACUGUCCCUUAUAGGUGGGCAGCCACUAAGUGGACGUUUGGUGCCUUGCAAAAGUAUUCACACCCCUGAUGUUUUACACAUUUUUAAACGUUACAAAUUAAAAAAAGACGCUAACUGUGAAGUGGAGCAUUUGUUACCAGAUUACACAUAGUUUGUAACUCUAACUUAUCAGUAUUUAAAGGAGUAUGAAAACCUUUGCAAGACAGUGGAAGAAUUUUUCUAGCGUGUGGAGAACGGUGGCUGCAGCCCACACAUAAUUUAAGGUGGACGUGUUUGAACCUGCUUUGGCUUUUCAUCCUUUCCUGCUUGCAGUAUGCCGUCAUAUUACUGUUACUGGGAGUCGGAAAAGCCCCUGAUUUAGAUUUAUACUUCACGAUCCAAAUGUUCCCAAGCAGCCUGAGCUUAAACCGCAGCUCAAUUUUGAAUUUCUCGUGUAGCGCGGGAUGACUGCGUAACAUGAGAUUGUGCAAUAAGAACACUGUGAAGCCCAGGCUUUUUACUGUAAACGAGUCCAACUAGCACAGUUAUGCAUGCAAGCUGCACAGUUGGGGAUUUUUAUUUCUUCAAUUUUUUUCCUGGCUAGAUUUACAGUUUCCAACUGUAGCAGGCUUUAAUGGCGUCAUCAUGUAGGGUUUUUAUUAUCAGCACUUAAUUAUAAGGAGUUUAUUUAGCAGGACAGAAAAGCAACUGUUUUUAAGGAGAAAUAAAUAUCCUUUUUUUGUUUUCUUGGUUAUGUUGUAAAUGUACAUUUUGCCAAAAGUUACAUCAGAUUUCGACGCUCUCCAAACAAUCUUUAUCGUUUAUUUUAGUACUACACCCGAAUGUGUUGGAUUUCUUCAAAACUGUGGAAGCAGCUAAUUUAAUCUAGAUAUUUAGAUAACGAUGGUCCUAAAGAACCUCAAUGAAAUAACUUAAACAAGAAAAGUACAAAACUCAAUGCUGCUUACAGCUUUUUGGAUUUGGGGAAAAUAAAUUGGAUCACUUUAAUUAUGACCUUUUUUCUUAAGGUUUCCAGAAAGCUUUUAUGGAAUUUAAUUCAUGUUUGCAUUUAGGAUUAAUUUCACCAAACAAACCUACAUCAGUAGUAAAAAGGCAGAUAAACUGAUUUGGUUUUACACAAAAUAUUUUUUGACUUUUUUAAUUUUAACUUAAAUACAUUUACAGUUUGAUCUUGUUCACUUUGAAAGGUGUGAUGAUGCUAAGAUGUCCUCGCAUACUUCAUGCCGUGGCUCUGGUUAAAUAUUUGGUCUUAUUUUCGUCUUUUUUUUUCUAUAAAAAAUAGAAAAUAUUAAAAUAUAAAUUUUGUUCAUCUAGUUUUUCCACAUUGUGUAAAAAUUAUGCAAAACUGCCCUGUUUUGGCGACAGCGUUACCAUAGAGAC